AUGAACGGUCUUUCGGUGGAGCCGCCUGGCACGGCGGCCGCCGGCAGCGAAGGCGGCGGCCCACUGUCGCCGGCGAACACAGACCGCCCCACCUCCAGCGGCGGCACCGCGUCCGGCAAGACGACGGUGUGCAACAGCAUCAUGCACCGCCUGCACGACAGCUGCGCGGUGAUUAUCCACCAGGACAGCUUCUACCGCUGCCUCUCAGAGGCGGAGCGGCGCGACGUCGGCAACUACAACUUCGACUCGCCCGACGCCUUUGACAACGCCGUGCUCAUGGAGUGCAUUUCGCAGCUCAAGGCGGGCAAGUCUGUGGAGGUGCCGGUCUAUGACUUCACAACCCACUCGCGGAGAAAGGACGAGGUGCGGAAGGUGGAGGCGGCGGACGUAGUAAUUGUGGAGGGCAUCCUGGUGCUGCACGACCCUGUGCUGCGGGAGGAGCUUAACAUGAAGAUCUACGUGGACACGGACGACGACGUGCGUCUGGCGCGGCGCAUCCAGCGGGACGUGCAGCAGCGGGGGCGCGACGUGGCGGGAGUCAUAGAGCAGUACACGCGGUUCGUCAAGCCGGCGUUUGACCAGUACGUGGCCCCCAGCCGGCGCUACGCGGACGUCAUCAUCCCCUGGCAGCGCGGCGACAACCUCGUGGCGAUCGACCUGAUCACGGAGCACAUCCGCGCCAAGAUGCAGCAGCACCACCUGCGGCGGAUAUACCCAAACCUGGAGCUGCUGCCGUCCAACUACCAGAUCAGGGGCAUGCACACCAUCCUCAGGGACCGCACUACCAACAAGAACGACUUUGUGUUCUAUGCGGACCGCCUCAACCGGCUGAUAGUGGAGGCCGGGCUGGGCCACCUGCCCUUCAUAGAGAAGCAGGUGACCACGCCCACAGGGUCGCAGUACGUGGGCGUCGAGUUCGCGCGGCGGCUAUGCGGCGUCAGCAUCAUCCGCAGCGGGGAGAGCAUGGAGGCGGCGCUGCGCACGUGCUGCAAGGGCGUCAAGAUCGGGAAGAUCCUCGUCGUGCGCCACCACGGCCGCCGCGGCUGCGACGGCGCGGGCGACGGGCCCCUCACGCCGCCCGGCAGCGCGACGCCGCCGGGGAGCGCGACGCCGCCGGGGUGCGCGACGCCGGCGGGGCGGGCGCCGUCGAGCUUUGGGGACGGGCUGCUGAACGGGCAGGUGAGUCAUGAGGGGGUGGAGGUGGGGGUGGGGACGAAGGGGGAGAGCGGAGGGUGA